UUUAUUGAUGUUAAACUGAUGACUUCACACAUUAAUAUAUUUUUGCCCCUUGCACAAGCGCUCUAUAAAAUCUUGUCUGGCCACUUAUCUUGCUCUCGUUCUCAGUCAUAGCAAUGAAGACUAUUGUGUUUGCUUUACUGGUGGUGGCUGUGGCUGCCGGUACAAAUGAUGAUAAAAUCAUUGGGGGUUUUGAAUGCGCACCUCACUCCCAGCCCUGGCAGGCGUAUCUCACCUAUGAUGAUGGUCAACGCUGGUGUGGAGCGUCUUUGAUUAAUAAACGCUGGCUCGUGUCAGCCGCUCACUGUUACCUUACACCUUCCCGUCUUGUUGCGCAUCUGGGAGAGCACAACGUCUUUGUUAUUGAAGACACAGAGCAGCGAUUCUACGUGGAUAAUGCGAUUCCUCACCCAGAUUAUAAUGACUAUACGUAUGACAAUGACAUCAUGCUGAUUAAGCUUAAUCGACCUGUUGUAUAUAACGAUUAUAUAGAGCCAAUCUCUCUGGCGACCAGUUGCUCUAGUACAGGAGCGGAAUGCUUAGUUUCUGGAUGGGGCAAUCAGAUCAACACUGGAGUUAAUUAUGCGUCUGUACUGCAGUGUUUGAAUUUGCCUGUAAUCUCAAGAGAAGACUGUGAAGGUGCGUAUGGCUCUAUGAUUACCAAUAACAUGCUCUGUGCUGGAUUCUUAGAAGGAGGCAAAGACUCAUGUCAGGGUGAUUCUGGUGGACCUCUUGUAUGCAAUGGGAAACUUCAAGGAGUUGUUUCCUGGGGCUAUGGCUGUGCUCUAUCAGGCUAUCCUGGGGUUUAUGCUGAGGUUUGCCGCUACAAUGACUGGAUCAACGACACCAUAGCUAACAACUAACUGUUUGUUUGGCCUGGCUCGUCUUUUUAAUUCACAGUUGAUUAUCAUUUAUUGUUUAAUAUUUCUAAUUAAAUCAUAUUGGGACAGAUA